AUUUUUACAGUUGGUACGUGGGAGGAAUCUGAAUUCAAUCUCCUCCCUCGCGUUUCUGCUUUUCCCUUGAACCUUUGAAAACGCUCUCAAGUUUUCCACCCUCGUGCUCUUUGCUUCAACUUCGAGCCCCUUCUUUCCCUUCCCUUUUUCGAAUCCCAAAUUCUCAAAUCUCAAAUCUCAAGUCAAUCAAAUCAAAAUUCUCUCAAUUAUUAUUUGUUGAUUGUUUGUUUGGGGGUUUUGGUGGAAAUUGAUUCAGAGAGCAAUCGAUCGAUCGAUGGCAGAGGUUUUGAGCAAAACCAGUCUGUUGUCGUCCUGGCAUCAUCAUCAUCAGUAUCAUCAAAACAAUCAAAGCAGCAUCUCCGUUUUCCCAAAGAGUUGUAAUUACAAUAAGUCAAGGUCUUUCUCUUGCUCUCUCAAACUGAGUCCGGAGAUUUCAUCACCAUCGUUAUCGACAACGAGUGAUUUUCACGGCAAAAAUAUUGCUUUUCAAGCCACCAGCAUCACGAGUUCCCAACCCCACGCUUCUUCUGCCGUUAAUUCCCAGCAGCAGUCUGGACGUCGGAUUGGGAAAGCUCUGAAAUGGUGGGAGAAGGGGAAUCAGCCCAACAUGAAAGAGGUGGUAUCUGCGGAGGACCUAGUGGAAUCCCUUUCAAAUGCCGGGGAUAAGCUUGUGAUCGUUGAUUUCUUCUCUCCUGGCUGCGGUGGCUGCAAGGCUCUUCAUCCCAAGAUAUGUCAGCUGGCAGAGAUGACCCCAGAUGUUCAAUUCCUUCAGGUGAACUACGAGGAACACAAGUCCAUGUGUUACAGUCUCAAUGUUCAUGUCCUGCCCUUCUUCCGCUUUUACAGAGGUGCUCAUGGUCGCCUUUGCAGCUUCAGCUGUACCAACGCCACGAUCAAGAAGUUUAGAGAUGCAUUAGCCAAGCACAAACCAGAGCGGUGCAGCCUUGGGCCAACAAAAGGGCUGGAGGAGAAAGAGCUCCUAGCUCUUGCUACCAACAAAGACCUCUCAUUUACCUACACUCCUAAACCAACAGAAGAUGUGCCUGCCGAGGAGGAAGUGAUUGUGGCUGAAGAGACACCAUUUCGUCUUCCUCUUCCAUUGGCAACCUCAAAGUCUGCCCAAGUGGUCACUGCCUGGAGAUAACGUGGUCAGUUUUCUUCACCAUCCCGAUUCCCUAAACCUACCAAUUUUCUCUACUCACCUUGUUGUAUUGUGUACAGUAGUGUUUCUUGUUGAUGUGAUAUUUUCAUACAUGCAAGAGUCAGAGUGGAACAUAUAAGCAGUUGAGAGUUGAGAGCUGCAGGUCCUUUGGAAUUAGUUUUUGAGAUCCAAGCCUGUGUUUAAAAAUCAUGUGUUGUAAAUUUGAAGAGAGCAACCAAUUGUAUUUCGGAAUUUGGUUCGCUCUUAUCAUAUCCUGUCUGCAAGUGUGUAUGUAGUUAAGAGCUUCGUGGUCUUCUUGUUCUAUAUGUAGUAUUGAGUCAGUGGGAAGAUGGAAGGUCCUUGAUACCUCCUCUCCUCGCCUGUUGUUGUUACUGGGGCGCGGUAUCAUCAUAUAUAUGUAUGUAUGUAUGUAUACAAGUUAAUAUUUGGGAUUUGAAGUUUGAAUGCAGUGCUGACUGCUGAUUUUAUA